UCUGAUUGGCCGGGCCCUCUACGACCCCGUGGUGCUUUGCGGCGCAGCUCCUUUCCGCUCGGCUGUUCCCCGGCACGGGAGGCAGCCAUGGCGCCCAGCCGGAAUGGCAUGAUCCUGAAGCCCCACUUCCACAAGGACUGGCAGCGGCGCGUGGCCACCUGGUUUAACCAGCCGGCCCGGAAGAUCCGCAGACGCAAGGCCCGGCAGGCCAAAGCGCGCCGCAUCGCCCCGCGCCCCGCGUCCGGCCCCAUCCGGCCCAUCGUCCGGUGCCCCACGGUGAGGUACCACACCAAGGUCCGAGCGGGCCGCGGCUUCAGCCUGGAGGAGCUGCGGGUGGCCGGCAUUCACAAAAAGGUGGCCCGGACCAUUGGCAUCUCGGUAGACCCGAGGAGGCGGAAUAAGUCCACCGAGUCCCUGCAGGCCAACGUGCAGCGGCUGAAGGAGUACCGCUCCAAGCUCCUCCUCUUCCCCAGGAAGCCCUCGGCCCCCAAGAAGGGAGACAGCUCUGCUGAAGAACUCAAAUUGGCCACACAGCUGACAGGACCAGUGAUGCCCAUCCGGAACGUCUACAAAAAGGAGAAGGCCAGAGCUAUCACAGAGGAGGAGAAGAACUUCAAGGCUUUUGCCAGUCUUCGAAUGGCCCGUGCCAAUGCCCGGCUCUUCGGUAUCCGAGCUAAAAGAGCCAAGGAAGCUGCAGAACAAGAUGUUGAGAAGAAAAAAUAAAGCUAUGUUUUGAGUAUUAUAAUAAACCCUCAGGAAAAUUAA